AUGACAACUUUCAUUGAUGACAGUUUCCCACAUUCUCAUGUAUCGAUCGGUGACAUUCGUUGUGUUGGCGGGAAAAUCCCAACAUCGUUUUUAUGGUUACGACCCGAGCAGGUGUACACUAAAGACGGUCGCACUUGGCCAUGGACUGUAUUUCGAGAUCCUCGUUCGUCGGAUAUUGAACAAGGAUGUCUGGGAGACUGUUGGCUGUUGUCCGCAAUGGCUUUAAUAGCUGAGCGACCAGAUAUUCUGGAUCACAUUUUGAUUACUAAAGAAUAUUCUCACUUUGAUCCGUUGUGUUUUCAAAGUUUUCUAUUUGUUGACGAUUUCUUUCCCUGUCGAAUUGAGACGAGAUCGAUUGCCUUUGCAGAUGGGAGGAAAAACCAGCUUUGGGUACCACUUAUCGAAAAAGCCUUAGCGAAACAACUAGGCAGUUAUUCUCGGUUACUUGCCGGUCGAACCGUUGAAGGAUUGGCUAUGUUAACGGGCGCCUCUGUGGAGGUGAUAUCACUCGAGGAUGACGACAAUUCAGAUAAAGAUUUGAAAUGGACCCGAAUCCUUAGCGCCAAAGAAGCUGGUUUCAUCAUGGGAUGUAGUUGUGGAGCCGGUAAGCGGGAGGUGAAUGCGAAAGAUUUUCAAAAAAAAGGAUUGUUAGCAAGACAUGCAUACUCAAUUUUGGAAGUGAAACAAGAAGGAGAACACAGAUUAUUAAAACUUCGUAAUCCUUGGGGAUCUUUUGUAUGGAACGGAAAGUGGAGCAAUAACUGGAAAGGUUGGCCCAAAGAGUUAAAGCGCAAAUUACUCUCUGGAGAGCCUUCUACUGGAACGUUCUGGAUAAGUUAUGAGGACUUUCUAUUGCAUUUUGAUUCCGGACUUGUUGUGCGACUUAGCUUAUCCCAUCAGUGGGUUUUGACUUUAAUACACUACCUCACAACUUUGGGCAACAGAAAAAUCGAUGGAUGCCUUGUGAUCCAUAGUUCAAAGCCUAUCUUCGCUGAUAUGCUUCCGUGUGCUGCUUCUGUGUAUACUGACUCGUUAGUGCAGUUAGUUCUGAAGGAAGGAACAGUCCAUAGUUCGCUUCCUGGCGUAUAUCCACGAUAUGUCACCAAUGAUUUCGCUGGUCUCCUUCUCAUGGUGGAUAAUGCUUUGGACGAUAUGUGGGUCCAUGUGAGGGCUGAAUGUUCGAAUUCUUUGAACGUGCUUUCUUCACGGGGAGCUCUUGAUGUUGCAGAUUCCAUUCCACCACUGAGCCGUCAGGUGCUUGUUUUCGAGAAUGUGCAGAUAAUGUUCCUGCGGUGGGGAUCGAACGUACUAUUACCUUUUCCGGGGGCUAACGCAUUCACUACAGCACCAUGUGGGUCCUUCUUUUCGCCUUUCUCUCAGCUAGUUUUCUAUCUACCUGUGCCAUCAACAAUCAGUCGUCAACGGCAUUGA